UACCCGUUCGGCGCGGAGCGCGGCGACGCCGUCACCCCGAAGCAGGACGACGGCGGCUCGGGGCUGCGACCGCUCUCCGUUCCCUUCCCCUUCUUCGGCGCUGAGCACUCCGGCCUCUACGUGAACAACAACGGGAUCAUCUCCUUCCUGAAGGAGGUCUCCCAGUUCACCCCAGUGGCCUUCCCCAUUGCCAAGGACCGCUGUGUGGUGGCGGCCUUCUGGGCAGAUGUGGACAACCGGCGUGCAGGUGACGUGUACUACCGGGAGGCCACCGACCCAGCCACACUACACAGAGCUGCGGAGGAUGUCAGGCGCUACUUCCCCGAACUCCCAGACUUCUCUGCCACCUGGACUUUCGUCGCCACCUGGUAUAGGGUGACCUUCUUUGGAGGCAGCACCUCUUCCCCCGUCAACACGUUCCAGGUCGUCCUCAUCACUGAUGGCAAGGCCUCCUUCACCAUCUUCAACUACGAGUCCAUCACCUGGACCACCGGCACGCACGCCAGCAGCGGGGGCAAUGCCACUGGCCUAGGGGGCAUUGCGGCCCAGGCCGGCUUCAAUGCGGGUGACGGGCUGCGGUACUUCAGCAUCCCCGGCUCGCGCACAGCGGACGUGGCCGAGGUGGAGACCACCACCAACGUGGGCGUGCCCGGGCGCUGGGCGUUCAGAAUCGAUGAUGCCCAGGUGCGCGUGGGGGGCUGCGGCCAUACAACCUCUGUGUGUCUGACCCUGCGGCCCUGCCUCAACGGCGGCAGAUGCAUUGACGACUGUGUCCCGGGCGACCCCUCCUACACCUGUUCCUGCCUGUCGGGCUUCACAGGGCGGCACUGCCAGCUGGACGUGGACGAGUGCGCGUCCCAUCCGUGUCAGAACGGCGGGACCUGCACGAAUGGGGUGAACAACUUCAGUUGCCAGUGCCCGGCUGGCUUCGGGGGCCUUACCUGUGAGACAGCUCAAAGCCCCUGUGAUGCCACAGCAUGUCAGAACGGUGGCCAGUGCCAGGUAGAGGGUCAGGCUGCGGUGUGUGUGUGCCCAGCCGGAUAUACAGGGGCAGCCUGCGAAGUUGAUGUGGAUGACUGCAGCUCUGGCCCAUGCCUGAAUGGAGGCUCGUGUAUUGACCUGGUGGGGAAUUAUACCUGCCUGUGUGCUGAGCUCUUUGAGGGUCCUCUCUGUGAGACAGGAAUCCACCCAGAGCCCAACAGCUGCCUCUCAGCCCCAUGCCUGAAUGGGGGCACCUGUGUAGAUGCUGACCAGGGCUACGUGUGCGAGUGCCCUGGGGGCUUCUCAGGCCUCGACUGCGGGGAGAGACUGUCCCACGACUGUGAGUGCCGUAAUGGAGGGAGAUGCCCUGACACCAACACCACCUUCUGCCAGUGCCCGCCGGGCUUCUUUGGACUCCUCUGUGAAUUUGAAGUCACGGCCACACCCUGCAACAUGAACACCCAGUGCCCCGAUGGGGGUUACUGCAUGGAGUAUGGCGGGAGCUACCUCUGCGUCUGCCACACGGACCACAACACCAGCCACUCCCUGCCGUCGCCCUGUGACUCAGAUCCCUGCUUCAACGGAGGCUCCUGCGAUGCUCACGACGACUCGUACACGUGCGAGUGCCCACGCGGUUUCCACGGCCAGCACUGCGAGCAAGUCAGGCCACGCCUGUGCAGCUCGGGGCCAUGCAGGAAUGGAGGGACGUGCAAGGAGGUGGGCACUGAGUACCACUGCAGCUGCCCCUACCGCUUCACCGGCAGACACUGUGAGAUCGGGAAGCCAGACUCGUGCGCCUCGGGCCCUUGCCACAACGGAGGCACAUGCUUCCAUUACAUCGGCAAGUACAAGUGUGACUGCCCACCGGGCUUCUCCGGGCGCCACUGCGAGACUGCCCCCUCCCCUUGUUUCCGGAGCCCAUGUUUGAAUGGAGCCACUUGCGAGGACUUGGGCACAGACUUCUCUUGCCACUGCCGAGCAGGAUUCACUGGACGCCGGUGCCAGGCAGAAGUGGACGAGUGCCAGCCCCAGCCUUGCCUGCACGGGGGCUCCUGCCAGGACCAAGUCUCAGGCUACGUGUGCCUCUGCAGCCCAGGAUACAAAGGCGCCCGCUGCGAGCAGGAGAUCAACGAGUGUGCAGAACAGCCUUGUCAGAAUGGGGGCUCCUGCAGGGACCUCCUGGGGGCUUUCCUGUGCCAGUGCCCCACAGGGUUCACGGGGGUCCACUGUGAGACAGAGGUGGAUGCCUGCGACUCCAGCCCCUGUCAACAUGGAGGCGCCUGUGAGAACGACGCUGGCGCCUACCUGUGUGUCUGUCCCGAGGGCUUCUUCGGCUACCACUGUGAGACAGUGAGUGACCCUUGCUUCUCCAGCCCCUGCGGGAGCCAUGGUUACUGCCUGGCCAGCAACGGGUCGCAUAGCUGCACCUGCAAAGUGGGCUACACCGGCCAGAACUGUGCCAAAGAGCUCCUCCCGCCCACCGGCCUCAAGGUGGAGCGGGUGGAGGAGAGCGGCGUGUCCAUCUCCUGGCUCCCGCCCGAGGGCCCGGCGGUCGGGCAGAGGCUGGAUGGCUACGCGGUCACCUAUGCCUCAGCCGAUGGCGCCUUCCGCCGCACGGACUUCGUGGAGCGUGACCGCUCCACCCACCAGCUGCGCGCCCUGGCAGCUGGCCGGGCCUACAGCAUCUCCGUGUUCUCGGUCAAGCGCAACGCCAAUAACAAAAAUGACAUCAGCCGGCCUGCGGUGAUGCUGGUCCGCACGCGGCCCCGCCCUGUUGAGGGCUUCGAGGUCACCAACGUGACGGCCAGCACCAUCUCUGUGCGCUGGGCUCUACACCAGAUCCGCCAUGCCACAGUCAGCAAAGUCCGUGUGUCCAUCCGCCACCCUGAGGCCAGUGGGGACCAGUCCACCGAUUUGGACAGGAGUGUGGACAAGUUCACAUUCGGGGCCCUGCUGCCAGGAAGGAGGUACACCAUCCACAUGAUCACCCUCAGUGGGCUUGGGCCAGGGGACAACCCCAGUGAGAGUCUGGCCACUGCCCCGCUGCACGUGUGGACCCGGCCCCUGCCUCCAGCAAACCUGACGGCUGCCCGGGUCACAGCCACCUCCGCUCACGUGGUCUGGGACACUCCCCCCCUGGACAUUGUGCUGGAGGCCUACGUCAUCAACGUGAGCACCAGCCAGAGCACCAAGAGCCGCUACGUCCCCAAUGGGAAGCUGGUGUCCUACGUGGUUCGUGACCUCACACCUGGGUGGCGGUACCAGCUCUCGGUGACGGCUGUGCAGAGCACUGAGCAGGGCCAGGUGCACAGCGAGCCUGCCCACCUCUACAUCAUCACCUCCCAGAGGGACAGCACCGACAGACACUGGCACCAAGGCAACCAUCCCCGGGGCCCCAGAAAUAGGCCCCCUCCAGCACGCCUGCCAGAGCUGCGUCCGCUCAGCGACCGAGGUGCCUCUGCUGCAGUGACCCAGCCCCCCAGGUUCUCCGAGCUGGUGGACGGCAGGGGACGUGUGAGUGCCAGGUUCAGCGGCCUGUCCAGCAAGUCAGUCACCCUCAGAGCACAGCCCACAGCCCCAGCACAGCUGGAGAGCCCAGAGGGAGCCCCCAAGCCCACUAGCCCGGCCCUGCAGCUGUCGGAUCCCAGCCACAAGGAGAGCGAGCGUAAGUCGGGGGACUGCUCAGAAAACCCCUGUCAGAACGGAGGCACCUGUGUGCCCAGUGCCAACGCCCACAGCUGCGCCUGUAGCCCAGGCUUCAAAGGCUGGCACUGUGAGCUUGCCUGUACAAAGGUGCCCCAACCCUGCACACGCCUGUUCUCCGAGACCAAGUCCGUGCAGGUCUGGGAAGGAGGCGUUUGUCACCACGUGUAUAAGAGAGUUUACAAAGUUCACCAGGACAUCUGCUUCAAAGAGAGCUGUGAAAGUACCAGCAUCAAGAAGACCCCAAACAGGGUGUCCUCCUCGCCCCAGGUCGUCCUCCGUGCCCUCACCCCAGGUGUCUCCUUGCCCUGGGGUGUCCUCCUCACCCCAGAUGCCCCCAGCUCUUCCACAGGCUGCUCUUCCUCCCAGAACCCAGAUCCAUCCAGCCAGGCCAUGCUGCCACCUCAGAGCCAUGAUCCACUCUGUCAACCUCAAGAGUUUCUGAAACCCAGGAAGAUGCAGCCUGAAAACUGGACAGGAAAGGACACCUUGGCAGCUGCGAACCUGGCUGGAGCCAACCUCUCUGGGCUUCCCUCUCCGGGCCUGCUGCCACCCAGCACUCCCCAGUGCCAAGCCAGACUGAACCAGGCUGCAGGCCCAAUCACCCUGCUGUCCUGCCACCCACUGGAGUUGCACGAGACAGAACCAGGCUGCGAUUUCUAG